CACACACUUCUCCGCGUUCCUCGCCGCCGCCGGAGCAAUCCCGCGUCGCGCUGUCUAACUCACCACCAUGCUGCAGAGCAAGUCAUUCGUGAAGAAGACGAAGCAAGGCCGCAUCCAAAAGGUCGUCAGGGAGCACUACCUCCGCGACGACAUCUACUGCAGCUUCAUCCCCUGCACCGCCUGCGCCGCAGCCGCGGAGCGAAAGCUCAGCGCCGCUGCCGCCGCCAUCCUCGUCAUCGACACCAACGUCGUGCUCCACCAGAUCGAUUUGCUGGAGAACCCGGCGAUUGAGGAUGUCGUCCUGCUGUCAGUGGUGCUGGACGAGGUGAAGAAUAAGAACCUUUCAGUUUUCAACAGGAUCAAGGCACUGUGUAUCAACAAAGCACGGAGAUUCUAUGUUUUCGCCAACGAGCAGCACAGUUUCAGCAUGAUUGUAUUUUUUUUGAGGAAAGGGGAGUGCAACCGACUUCUAGACGGCGACGUUGACGUUGGAGCCAGCCACGACGGGGUCAACCGCGAGCGAGGACGCCGAGACGGUGGCCCGGAUGACGAUUACGUUGCUGGUGCCGUGCGCGAACCUGGGGACAGACGCCUCGCCCAGCGGGACGGCGUUGGCGGCAGUGGCGACCACCGCCGCGUGGCUCUCCUCCCGGCUCUAGCAGAAGGAGCACUCGAUGGCUUGUUGGCGAUGGUGCAGCCUGUCCUCUCCAAUGAUCCCACCGUACAGAUGCCUUGCAUCGUCUGA